AUUAGUGUCUAAACAUUCGAUGUGACAGAGACUUAAAAAAAAGUUUGGGGGGGGGGGGGGAGAAACAAACACCCGCUAAGCAAACAAAAGGGUAGAUCAAUUAAAGCCACUGCAUUUUUUCCUGAUGAGUUCUAUUGGUUACUUCAAAAAUAUAAGGCUGAAGUUAGUUUAUUUUAGAAGAAUACCGAAGGGAACAGGAAUGUCGCCCCAGGUUCUGGCCCUUAAUGGGGGUACCAGACAAUCAAUCCAUGUGACCUUGCAUGAGUCUGUUUUGACAAACUGCAUACAAUGCUAUAGGUUUUUUCAAUGAAUCUCUUUUCCUAUAUCAGGCUGAAUGUGAGUUUCAGUUUGAAGGAAACGAAAUUUGGUGGCAUUUUAAUGCAACUGUAUGUCGAACAAUGGUGGGUCUGGUUUCCUGCUUCAAGAAUCAACAUUUCAUUCAGCCUCUUAAUUUACUGAGAUUAUUUCCAACUGAGUUAGCAAAAGGAGCGCAAUGCUUAUUGAUAGGGCAUCAACCUAGGUCCUUCCACGGGAUAGAUCGCAAGGUUCUGAGCUUUAUUAGCUGGGAGGAAGAAUAUGUCGAAGAAGAAGGGGAUGAGUUUGUUGACGACCAGGUUCAGGUGUUUGCAGACGAAGACCCUGCUGCAGGUAAUGACUAUUUGGAUGAGGAGUUUAAUGCAGCUCGUGAUUUACAGGAUGGUUCUAACUAGAGAUUUAUCCUAGCCGGUUUGUCUAUAGGCUUUUGGGUAGCAUGCUUACCGCAUGAACCAAUAUGUAUGGCUUGUCACCAAAUACUACUUAGAAACUUAUUAAGACUAUUUAUGCUUUAUGCUUAGAACCACUUAUGAUUCGGAUAUCAUGCUUGAGAUAAUUUAUGUGAGACUAUGUUGUAUUCCUGGGCGACUAGUCUCAUAUGAGGAUGGGUUUGAAAUGGUUGAGAUA